GCGGAACACGCAUGUGCAGCCUGGUCUCUGCAUCUUCACGCAAAAUCAUAUCUCAUUCUUUAUUACUACAUCUCUGCUCAGCGUCCACCAAGCUGGCGGGAGAGACGAAGAACUGUCCCGGAAGUAGAGGAUUUCUUUUUCAAAAUAAGUGAUUAGAACCAGACACGAGCAACAACGAGAACCAUGGUGACCAAGAAAAUCCGGACAGAGUACAUGAAGAAGUUUAAAGAUCCCAAGUGGGAGACGUUUUCCAAAUGCUACGAGGACUCUCUGAAGUACCGCCUGACCCGGCGGGUGAUGGAGCAUUCCCACAAGCCCUGGUUCUGGGAGGGCUGGGACAGCGGCUCCGACUCCAGCGGCUGGUCCACGCCCAGGCUGACCAGGAACAAAGUCGUCCCUCUGUCCCUCCCGCCGCCGCCGCCGUCCUCAGAGGUGAAGCAGAGGUUGCUGGAGCUCAAGAGCAGCCCUGGAGCAAAGCCGGCGUCUGAGGAGACGGAGGAGGGAGCGGGAGAGGUCGUGGACGCUGCACCGACCACAGCAGCAGUUGUAGAAAACGGUGUGAACGAAGCCAGCGGAGGUUCGAUGACAGCAGCUCCAAACACCAGCGGACCUUCAGACGACACGGCGACGGACAACGGGCCGGCGGACACGGCGUCUUCUGACGGGGAGCCGGUGAACCCAGCGCAAAGACGGCGUCACCGCCACCGCACCCCUCGCUCUGAGCCGGGGCAACGGGACAGCUCCUACGACGACAAACCCACCGUCGUCCGCAAACCGCCGAGGGCGAAGAGCCAGCCGCCGAUCAGCACCAAGGAGAAGGAGAACCGGAGACCGUCGAGCCGACUGGACUGGACCGAGAGACAGACGGAGGUCAGGAGGAUGCCCAGUGACAGCCACACGUCCGACGCCUGCGUCCAGACCCGGCGGGAGUCCGACAAACGGAGCACCAACCUGGACCGGCGGCGGGCUCGGUCGGCCGACUUGGAGAAGAUGAGGCGGUCGCAGCUGACGGUGGCGGACGACCGUUGGAUCACCGAGUACAUGCGCUGCUUCUCCGCCCGGCUGAGGUAGAGACGAGGAUCCCACCCCCACGACCCCCUGAAAAAAAAAAACACACCCAAGAGAGCGAGUAUCAGACGGCGUUUGUUCCUUCAGUUGAAAUAAGAACCAGGUUUUAACUUUAACUCUCAUUUCAGUCCACCACACUGAAACGCUGCUCACUGCCCUGCCUCCUUUUUAGACGAAGAGAGAACAGAGAAAAAUAAAGUGAAGAAGUCGAUAAAGCCUUUAAGAUAAUUUCAGUUUAACCACAAUGUUCUCAACACUUAAACAUGUCACGUUAGGCCAAGAGAUCCACACAUUCUGGCUCUAAAUACUACAGUUCCCAGAAGCCUCAGCAGCUGUUCAUAUCUGUAUAUUGGUCCAAAAAGUACUUGAAAUGUUUUACAUUUAUUCCCUGAAAUUAUCCUGCAAAGCUCAACAUCUAACUUCAACCCAUCAUGAGUAAAAUAAAGGCUAUUCUGAGAGUAUGAUUGGCUGUUUCUUACCUCAGUGCUCCCUGGGAUUUGUAGUCAACUUGUAGUUUAUUGAAUCACUUUUGUGUCUAGUAGUUUUGAGUGUCAUGUCUCCUCUUGAGCCCUUUAACUAACAUCAUUUAUGCAAAAAAAUUAACAUAAUUUUUACUUUUUGAAUCGUGACCUCUUCACUUUAUAACACAACACACACAUUUUUACGAUGAAGGAACGAGGCGACAGGAGCAGCAUCAACUUUUUGUUUUAUCUUUGUUGAAUUUAAAGUUUGUAGAGGAGGUCAAUAAAUGUCAGCUUAUAAAACGGUUUGUUCUGUGUUGAACAAAAAUCCUUGAAACCUGCAAAUACAGGACUGUAAAUAUUUAAAAAGUAAGUUAUUUAUUCAGACGUGUGUUUCUUAACUCGACAGCAGCGACUUUCAGUCGAGAUCAGAUGUGAUGGACUGAAAUGAUGGUUUUUGUUUGUUGUUUUCAGUUUGACGAUGAGCAAACAUCAGAGAAUUAACUCCUUUAUAAGCUUUUUAUAUAAAAGAAGAAACAUCAACACCCAGAUCACUAUUUGAAUGUAUUUAAUUCCUGAGCAUGAAAGUCUCCAAACACUCUGCUUUAUUUUAGCUGUUUAAUCUCCUCUCAGACACACGUGGUGUUUUUCAUUUCUCUCUCACAAACGGCAGCUGUGUUUGAAUCAGAGGCAGCAGAAAGGACCAAACUGGAAUAUUUUUGAUAUUUGAGUAUUUUGGAGUUUAAAGGACUAAAACUACUGCUGGAUGGUUUAUCAGAAAUAUACAGUACAAACACAAGAUUUAUCUAAAAAUUAGAAUUUAAGGUAUUUUCAGAGUAAAAACUAUAUUUAAGAUGUGCUAACUUUAGAAUCAUCUCAGUUUUAGUAAAUUAAAUGCACUUAAUUUAAAUCACUGGACUGUUAAACGUUGAUAUCUGAGAGUUUAUUUGGCUUUAAUUCAGGUUUUGUGGCUGUAAAGCAGCAGCCUGCAGCUUCUCGUUUAUAAUAAUGUUAAUGUAAAAUAACCUGAAAUGCGAACAUGGUGCUUUUCUGUUAACUGCAGUGCUAAACACUCUGAACUUACUUCUCUUAAUUCAGCUUUUUGAAGGUUAUUAAUGCUAAAGUAAACAUUUAAAAAUAAAGUUUCUGAGACUUUUAGUUUUAAAUAACGAGUGUGUGAUAUUUAUAAAAAUGCAACAGAAAUAAGCGUCGAAUAAGAUAAAACUUAUUUGCUUUAUCAGAAAUCCAGCUUCUAAAUCCAGGGUUUUCUGUUUUAUAGCUGAGGUGAUUCAGCUAUAAUUCAGAUGGCUUUAUUUCAGAUGGCUGAAAUAAAAACCACCAACAUCAUAAAAAAAACAUUUAAGGACAAAAACAAGAGAAGAAGUUCAUAAAUUCCAUGUAUUUCAUGAGUGAGGUCGUUUUUUUAGCUUGACAUCUUCUGACUAAAGUCUUUACAGAAUGAGAUUUGUCAGGAUUCAUUUUAUCUGAUAAACAAAAAGUAUAAUAUUUGUAUAGAAAUCAAUGCGCUUGAACAUUGGGGUCUGUAAUUUCCCACUAACUCUCUAGAAGGAGCUGUGUAAUUUCAAUGUCCAAUGAAUGAUGUCGAAGUAGAGUGGGAUCAUGGGGGUUGUUGUUUUCAUCGCCCGGUUUCCUUCAGUGUCAGAGGUUCAGGAGGUUUUUACCAGGAGCAGAAUCCUCCUCAGACGUCUCCUCCUCUUCAAAACAAGCAGAGCAGCUGAUUAAAUCCAGUAAAACUCUGAAUGAAGCAGGUUCGUGUUAAAAUCAGUGUUUCUCUGAUGUAGUUUGGCAGAGCUGAGCUACUGCUAACGUUAGCUCAGCUUGUUCCUCUGAUAACUUCAGAUCCAGACGUCUGACGACUAAAAUCCUUCAUCUGGUUACACUUUAAUGCUGAAAUGUUAGAUAUUAAACCUUUUAAGCUGCCGAUAUAUAUAUUUUUUCAAUAAUCGAUUGCUGUGAUAACAAAAUGACAGAAAAUAGUGAAAAGUCUGUUUCAAAUGUCUUGUUUUGUCAAAUAAUCUAAAAUCCUUGUAUUCUAGAAGCUAGAAACAACUAAUAUUACACAAGUUAGCUUACAAAAUGGCUGAAAUAAUAACUUAAUGUUAAUUACUUGUUGAAUAAUUGUGAAUUAUUGGGGAAUUACAGACCCUAAAAUAAAGUGUGAUCACCUACACCUGCCAAGAAACCCUGAGCUCAGUUUUCUCUUUACAUUUCAGAACUAAAUAGGAAAAAGGGAAAAGUAUAAAUUUAAAUAGAUUUUAGCGCCGUUAUCACCUCCUUGUAUUUGCAGCAGCUCUGUGUGUCGAUGGUGGACGUCGUCUCAAACUGUGACAGUGAAGAAAAGUAAAAAAGAAAAAGAAAACCUUCAGGUGUCGAGUGUCGUAGUGAGGAAACGAUAAAGUCACAGAGUUUUGAGUUCAUUUGAUUGUUUGUUGAUGUAACUAAAGAUUGUAAAUACAUGGUGAUGUCAACCUAAACCGAGGGCUAACGAUCAUCAUUUACUGUAUUUAACAUGUACAUGUGUUGGGAGUUUACUCUACAAACUGAAUGCAGAUUAAUUCACUGAGAAUGUUUUUUUGAUCUCACACCGGCUCAACCUCCUCACGCUGAAUGUGCAAAGCUAUUUAUUUACGUUCGUUUACGACUUUUAUGUGCGUUUUAUUUUCACGAUUCACACUCACAGGUUAGUUCCUGACACCAGGUCCAGUCUGAAACAACACAAUUUGUGUUUCUUUUAAUGUUUAUGAAAAAAAAUACAACUCCUUAUUAUAAUUUUAAUCACUUUCUUUCACAUUAAAAGAACAGAAAUCUUAUUUUGAUGCAGGAAAUUUGCCAUUUUUGGGGAAUUGUUUAUUUAUUUAGCCUCUUUUAAAAUAUGUGAAAGUUAAACCUGAUUGUCUGAAGAGAUACAGCCACAGUAUAGUGUGUUUUAAACCAUAUUUGAAAUGUUUGUAUUCUUAAAGAUGUUAAAUAGGCAGAUUUAAAGUAAAGUGCAGCUGGUUUUUUCCACCUUGACAAGAAAAAAAAUGGCAGUUGAAUAUUUACAGGGAAACAAAAAGGAGGCUUUUGCCUCAAAAUGGUCAAAAUAAUCAAAGUAAAUGUAUAAAUAUCAACAUAAUGAAGCUUCAGGUAUAAAUAUAUCAACUCAAACCUUCAAAAAAAAACCUCUUGUUUAAACCCUACUUUCUGUUUAAUUGUUCUGAAAGUCCAGUUCACAUCUGUUGUUUGUUUUUGACAAAUUACACAAUUUUUUUUUCUAAAAUGGACCAAAAGAUCAUUCCAUCUGAUCAUUCAGGCAAGUGUUGUCUCACACUGGACGUCUGGAUGUUUCUCUUAUCACACUACUUUUUAAAAAUGUUUGUGAGCAUGUUUUUUUCUUUAUGCGUUGAUUUGGUUUGUUGAACAUUUAGUAGAAACAGAAUCGAUUGUCGACAGGUGAAGAUUAUUUAAAAGAGAAUGUCAGGCUGUUAUUUCAUCUCACCUUAUGUUCCUGUUGAUGCAGCUUUAAGGUUGUUAAUCACCUUAUCCACUCUCUGACAGUUUACAGAACCUUUAGAAACUUCUGCUUUUACAGUAGCAAUAUCAGGUUUUUAGGAGCAGCUCUUGGAGACUUCCUGUUUCCAAAGAAACACACAAAAUAAAGAAGUUCAAAUGUUUCUGAACAGUAGGUACAAAACAAGUUAAUUAAUAAUUUAUAGUUUGGAAUAAGGUGAAAGACAAACUUCAGAAAAUGACGUUUGGUUUCUAAAUGUUCAGACAGAUGAUCUACUUGCAUGUUAAAUGACUACAGGCUUCAUUUUGAUUAGUUUAUCAAAGGAAAAUUGCUGCACCACAUCACAAAGUCUUGAUUUGCAGAUAUUUAUUCAUAUUCUGUGUUGUGUUUUUCUUCAUUUUGGUUCCUGAUGAGUUGAUUUUUGAGUCAGAACGAUCAGACAAUCACAGUAAAGUAUCUGAACUGUUACUAAUGAGUUCAUUUGACGGUGAAAUUGUUGAAAAUCGCGUACAAAGGAGACAGUGUUUGCUGACUGUAUCUCUGUCUCCACUAAAGCUCUGAAUUAUCUCCUGGUGUAGUUUCUCUGCAGAUGAUUCAAUGGAAAAUGUAUCAUAUGUCUGAAUAUUUAAUCAUAUUUUACAUCCAAUGAUGUUUACAUUUUUGGUCACUGUAUUUGUAUUUGAAAACAUGCACAAUGAUAUAUAUAUAUUUUCAUCCACUUUAAAGCGUUGCUGUGAAUAAAUCAUAUUUGAAUAGUUUA